AUGAUGAUCCCAAGCGUCAUCGCGCCUCCUGCCCUCUACCCGGGGCUGUACCGCCCCGCCGCGGCUCUGCCGCUCCAUCAGACCCUGCCGUCCGCCUUCCCGACCCACUCCAGCUUUCUAGUGGAGGACCUGCUGCGGAUAAGUCGUCCCGCCGCCUUCAUAAACCGGACUGUCCCAUCAGUGAGUGGCUCCCUGCCCACUCCCACCACUACCGUUUCCUUCAGCUGCGCGCCCGUGGAGCGCGCGGUGGCCACCACCGCGGUGACGCGCGAAUCGUGCUCGCCGAAAACGUCGCUGCCGAACAGCAAGGACCCAACUUUUCUCAAGUUUGGAGUGAGCGCCAUCCUCGCACCUUCACCAAAGACCGCGUCCUCACCCCCCACAAUCCAAAGCCUGCACUCCAAGACCUUCCCCUUCCCCUGCUUUGACGGAACCUUUCACCCCAUAUUCAGGACGCCUUAUUUACCAGCAUCCUCAUCCGUUGUUCCCAUCCCCGGGACAUUUUCGUGGCCCCUGGCCGCCAGAGGGAAACCCCGCAGAGGGAUGCUGAGGAGGGCGGUGUUCUCCGACGUGCAGCGCAAGGCCUUGGAGAAAAUGUUCCAGAAACAGAAAUACAUCAGCAAACCGGACAGGAAGAAACUGGCCUCCAAACUCGGCCUUAAAGACUCACAGGUGAAAAUCUGGUUCCAGAACCGGCGGAUGAAGUGGAGGAACUCUAAGGAACGAGAGCUGCUGUCGUCCGGUGGCUGCCGUGAGCAGACGCUGCCCACCAAAGCCAACCCGCACCCGGACCUCAGCGACGUGGGCAAGAAGUCCUCAGCCGAGGAAGAGGAGGAGGAGGAGGAAGAGUUCGGUAGAGAGAGAAUGAGGUCGGCAGGAUCCAGCAUCUCCUCUCCUUCUCUCUCCAGUAAGCACUCAGACUUCUCAGAGUCAGAUGAAGAAGAAAUAACAGUAUCUUAA